CCCGUCAGUCUGUAGCCCUUUUGUGUGAGUGCCUGGCAAGGGUGACGUGGGGCUGUUCCUACAGGCACAGCUGCAUCACUGACCAGAGUGGAGGCAGGGCCCAGGCACACUGCCCUCCCAGAUCUUCCAUCGGGCUUUUCAGUAGUAAGGGGACAUGCACCCCAAGGGCCUCCGCUUGGCCUGACCCUGCAGUGGGGGCUCUCUGUCCCCAGGCACAGUGGAGAUGGCAAGCUUAUCGAAACCCUCCCUGCCCAGCUACCUCUGCUUCCUCCUGCUCCUCCUCCAUGUGUCUUCCAGCUACGGAGGGCAGUUCAGAGUGAUAGGACCAAGUCACCCCAUCCAGGCUCUGGUCGGGGAUGCAGCAGAAUUGCCAUGUCGCAUAUCUCCUGGGAAGAAUGCUACAGGCAUGGAGGUGGGGUGGUACCGCUCCCCCUUCUCUAGGGUGGUUCAUCUCUACAGAAAUGGCAAGGAUCAAGAUGGAGAGCAGGCACCUGAAUAUCGGGGUCGAACAGAGCUGCUGAAAGACGAUAUUGGUGAGGGAAAGGUGACUCUCAAGAUCCGGAAUGUAAGAUUCCCAGAUGAAGGAGGUUUCACCUGCUUCUUCCGAGAUCAUUCUUACCAAGAGGAGGCCGCAAUGCAAUUGAAAGUGGAAGAUCCCUUCUACUGGGUCAGCCCUGGAGUGCUGGUUCUUCUCGCAGUGCUCCCUGUGCUCUUCCUGCAGAUCACUGUGGGCCUCGUCUUCCUCUACCUGCAGCAUAGACUGAGAGGAAAACUUCGAGCAGAGAUAGAGAAUCUCCACCGGACUUUUGAUCCCCACUUUCUGAGGGUGCCCUGCUGGAAGAUAACCCUGUUUGUAAUUGUGCCGGUUCUUGGACCGCUGGUCGCCUUGAUCAUCUGUUACAACUGGCUACAUCGAAGAUUAGCAGGGCAAUUCCUUGAAGAGCUAAGUAAGUUCUCUUCUCUCUCUUAUAAUCAGAAAAUAAAAAGCCAGGAAAGAGAGACAGAAGCAACAAGAGGAAAAGGGGGACUGUUGAGGAAUCACAGUCCCAGAGGAAAGGAGGAGCUGGAGAACCUGGAGGGAGGGAGAACUCCUCCUGGGAGGUAGAGGGGAAAGAGGCCAGUUGUUAGACACAUUUACAGCUGACAGAGAAGCUGGAGGCACUGCUGCCUGAUCUGUUCCUCCUUCACUGCUCCUAAGCAGGAAUCCCACCCUAGCUGUUCUCAUUGCCCAUUCCACAGCAACUGCCCAGUGCCUCACCUCUAAGACCAACCAUUGAGGCAGGCAUGGAGACGAAAUAACCCCAAGGGCUAUUCUUCUCCCUAGUUCAAUGGUUUUGUGAUAUUACUGACAUCAAUUUUUCAAGUUAUUUUCUCCUUCUUCUAGGAAAUCCCUUCUGAAUGGUGCCGCAUCUUGGCAGGGGUGGAGGAGAGCCUGGUUGCCCAGGGAUUGGUCCUUGGGGAUGUCUCAUCCAUCAAGUUGCACACUCACUGGCAUAUUUGCUAUGGGGACAUUCCAAUUUGCACUUCCAGAACACUCUGAAUUCCAAGGAGAAUUGAUUUCCCUUCUGUCAUCUACUUUUUCUCUUUCUUCCUUUUCCCGUUUUUAUUACCCAUCUUUCUAUUUCUCUCUCCAGUCUUCCACCUGGAAGCCCUCUCUGGCUAAGGACAGGCAGGUGCUCCUCUCUCCAUCAGAGGACAUCUGUGCUGGAGAGCUACACAGAUAGGAUGGUCUUUGUCACUAACUGGAGGCCAGGAACCUCCUCACUGAAAAUUACAGUAUGAUAACUUUGCAAA